AGUUUAUUAUUGUGUUAACGAUAAAAGAAGACGAUUGUCAUCGCUGUAAUUGCUUAUGGUAAUUCUGUCAUAUCCGCAUGAAAACAUCUGAUGGGUCGAAAAUCAUUAUGGAAAUCUUUGUUUUCCAAAAAUAAAUCAGUAGAUGACAGAAGUACUGAGCCCAGUUCCACUGCUUCAAAUUCGGAAUCGCAAAUAAUUGAGGAACAAACUGGAAGCAAUGAAGAACAUCAGUCUAGAGUGGAAAGUAAUAACGAUGACAAAACUGCCGAAAAAGAAAGGUCAAUUUCCGUAAAUUAUCCCGUAGAAGGUAAGAAAAAAAUUCAAAAAGUGUUAGAAGUUCCAGCAGAAACGUUUAUACUACGCAAAAUAGAAAAAUCUGAAGCUACAUUGAAUACUCAAAUUGUCACUGUAAAUACAAUAACUGUUUUGGAACCCGAGAUUAUAUCUUUAGAAAAAACAGAAAUUAAUGAAGAAGAAAAGAAACGUAGAGCUGCCGAAGAAUUAAAGAAGAAAUUAAAGUUAGGGCUGUUUGGUGGCGAUAGCGCAGCCAUUGCAUUGCUGUAUGACAGUGCCACAGGUAGAAACAAAUGUAGCAUGACACCUGAUGUAAAUGUAAAUGACGCAAAAAUAACAGAACAGCAUAAAGACAUUUGCUGUGCUGCAAAAGAACAAUGUAUGAUGUCCACGUCGUCUCGUAUUGACAACAUGAUGUCACCUCGAGACAAGACGAGACAAGAUUAAACCAAACAAAAUAUAUGAACCAUUUAUUUCAACACAGUGCAAAGAUUCUGUUAAAAGUCAUAAGCCGAAGUCUUCUCUACGUGUUUACAACUCAGAAAAAAGAUAUGCACUAUGAGGGAACCACAAAACGAUAAUUAUACAGGAAAGAAUAAGGAAGAAAGUAAAGAAAAAUUCAAAGAAAAUCAGUUAAUUAAUUCAAAAAAUAUAGAAAAAUUUACUUGUUUCGAUUACGUAUAAAUAAUCAUAAAAACUGUUAACAUAUUGCAAUGUUUGAAAUAGUAAAACACUUGCGAUUAAGUUCCUCUAACGAAUAUACGUGAAUACAUUUCAUUGUUGAUUAAAAUUGUUAUUAAUUUUUAAACCUU